AAAGGAAAAAGGAAAAAACCCACGGACUCCUAUAAAUUUAGGCCUUUAGGGUUCCCUCAUCUCUCGAAGCGUCUAUUCUAAAUCUCUUCCGUCUCGCCGUCGAAGGUGUUUUAUAGAGAGAACAAGAAUGAUGGAAGCCGCAGGGAAUCCUCCGAAGCCUGGAAACAAGAAAAAACGUAACAAGAAGAAAGGUGGUAAAGCUUCAAACAACCAAUUUGGGGCAACUAAUCCCACGCAAGCAAACCAAGAUGCUCCAGUUCAGAGCGUGGAUAGUCCAUUGGAGACAUGGAUUUUUAGCACUGCAUCAUCCUAUCAUGUUACAGCAGAUCGGGAGAUUAUGGAGAACUAUACUAGUGGCAAUUUCGGCAAGGUCUACCUAGCUACUGGUAAUUCCAUGGAUGUUGUGGGUAAGGGUGAUGUUCGCAUCAAACUGUCCAGUAAUGCCACAUGGAUUCUACGUGAUGUGAAACACGUUCCGGGUUAUGCGUGGAAUCAAAUUUCUGUGGGGGUGUUGUGUGAAAAAGGCUAUGGGAUGACAUACUCUCAUGUCGGUUGGAAGAUUUCGAAAGGAGAUUUUGCUUUUACAGUCCCGCUUGAUCCAAAUCCUCCUAUGCGUAUCACUUUUCUAUCCGCGUCACCCCUUUGAAGGUGACGGUGUGGCUGGAUUUCUGAAGGUUAUAGUUAAUCAUUCAAGUAUUAGUAUGGAUCUUCGUAAUCUUGUUUUCCUAGAUUUCGAUUUCUCAAAUGAACUUAUAAGCAUGGAUCUUCGUUUUGUUAUGGCAUAACACUACUCUUGUUUGAAUGAUAUUCAGAAUAUUAACAUAUUUGGUGCACGUUUAUUAU